AUGUCACGCAUUGUUCUUUGCCUGGCUGGGUGUGAUUCUGAUGUGGUGCCCUCGAUGCAGGAAAAGGUUGUCCUGAGGGCAAAUGGGCUAGGCGAAAAAAACAUCGAAUUUGACAUGGACGGUUUGCAAUCUUUGGCUUACACUUUUUACAGGUAUUUAUUUGUUGAUUUCAGUGACGGCAAUUCGGACGUCGCCGACAUUGUGACCGCUUUUCGUGAAGUGGUCUUAGACGGCUGGUCCCUUAAUCUCCCUGAUGGAAUCGGAGACAGUUUCCAGGAAGGUCAUACCUACGACGUAAUGGUGUCACGGUUUGAUAUUUUUGGUAGCAUGGUGGACGAGCUGGCCGUUCCGACCUUAAACCCUCGCCUACCCCUAAAAGUAACUUUUAUGGGGGAAAGGGGGCAAGAUCUGGGAGAACCCCGCAGGGAAUUCCUGCGCUUGUGCUUGGACGAAAUAGUCAAUCGGGUAAAGACAGGGCCUGACAUGUCAAGAGACUUCGACCGUAGCCAGGCUGACAGUUACCUUGAGAAGAAGGUGUACUAUGUCGCAGGAAUCGUUAUCGUUGAAUUUUGUUUUUAUCUUCUUCAAGGUCUAUGCAUUCUUCAGGAUGGGCCGGUUCCGCAUUUUCUGUGUGCCAAUCUCGCACUGGUUGAAGGGAAUUUGGCGGAUGCAUGUGACAAACAACUUUCGGAUGGCCUUAUGAAGACCGGCGUUCUAAGUCUUAUGAGGACGUUUCCACAAUGCAUCCGUCUUCUGCACAACAAUGUUCCACCGCCAGCGCUCACGUCAAAAACAAUAAUUUCUUCCUUCGAAGCCAUCUUCUCCGAGAGCGGGACAGGUAUAAGGGGCAAGGAGGAAAUGAUGAUGGGACACUUUGUCAAAUAUGUUCGCGAAGUGGAAGGUAAAUGA